GUCAUCUUCUACGAGUUAAAGUUGUGUCCUAAGUCCCUGUUGCGCAGAGCAAAGGCUGGAGACUCUCUGAGAGCUGCGACCGAGACAAAGACCGAAGCAAUGGCGACAAAUUAGUGACCCAGUCAGACUCGACUGCAGUCGCGCAAUCAGUUGACUUGUAGUUGAGGCUGCGAUCGUCGCCAGUGAGGUCCCGCGUUCUGAGGAUGGGAAACCGCCGGGCCACGGAGCGGGGAAGGGCUACUAAACGUGAGCACAUGCUAGACCUUCGCUGAGAGUAUCGGUGAGUGAGAUCGAUCGGGCACUCUGCUUCUUCUGCUCCUCCGCCUCCAUUCAUUCCUUCUUAACCCUCUGUCGUUUCCAUUUGUCCUCUUCCGAGUCCCUCCAUAAAUCAGAGCUCCGGGAGCUCGAUCGAUCGAUAGAUACUCGGUUGUUCUGCGCACUUUCUUGUCUCUCACAACAGUCGGCCACCAUCUUUCGGAGAGAAAGAGAGUCCAGCAUCGCGAUCGGGCGAGUAAGAAGCUGCCGGUCGUGCAUGACAGGAAGAAUCGACCGCAUCGCAGGCAGGCGCAGAGAUCUCUCGUUGCGCCGAGGGCCGUAAUCCCCCGUCGAAGUCGGGCAUCGAAGGCGGUCGCUCGAAUUGCCCAAGAGGCUCGUCGUCGGUCGGUCAUGGGGCCCUCGGCAGGUCUGGCAUUCGCGGACUCGGCCCUCGUCGCGCCGGGGGCGCUGAGGACAUCGGCCCUGGGCAAUUGCGCCCGCCGAGAGCAGGCCAGGCCGAGGCCGAGGCGAGUAGCGUGGCGAGGCGCAGCCUACGACGUGUCCGAGGGCUCGUGGCGCGCGGGCGCAACGAGCCCGUACCUGGAUGCGACGGCGGGAGCGCAGGGGCGAGCAGCGCAGUGGCAGACGACGUGCGCGGUGCUGUCGGGGCAGUGGGCGACGGCGCAAGUGGAAGAGCAGCAGCAGCAGCAGCAGGGGCAGGAGCAGGAGCAGGAGCAGCAGAGCUUCGACGAGGGGAUGGGGAUGGGGAUGGGGAUGGUGGGGCGGGGGCUGGUGACGCUGCCGAAGCCGCUGGCGGUGGUGGACCUAGCGCUGCAGCCGAAGCACAACUCGCAGAUCCGGGUCUCGUACCAGGGCGUGCCGGGCGCAUACAGCGAGGCGGCGGCAGGCAAGGCGUACCCGAACUGCGAGGCGGUGCCGUGCGAGCAGUUCGACACGGCGUUCCAGGCGGUGGAGCUGUGGCUGGUGGAUCGCGCCGUGCUGCCGAUCGAGAACUCGCUGGGCGGCACCAUCCACCGCAACUACGACCUGCUGCUGCGCCACCGCCUGCACAUCGUGGGCGAGGUGCAGCUGGCCGUGAACCACUGCCUGCUGGCGCUGCCGGGCGUGCGCACGGAGGAUCUGGUGCGCGUGGUGAGCCACCCGCAGGCGCUGGCGCAGGUCGAGGGCACGCUGGCCAAGCUGGGCGUGGCGCGCGAGGCCGUGGACGACACGGCUGGUGCGGCGCAAUUCAUCGCCGAGCACAACCUGCGCGACACGGGCGCCGUGGCCAGCCGCCGCGCUGCGGAGAUCUACGGGCUCGAGGUGCUGGCCGAGAAGAUCCAGGACUGCUCGGACAACGUGACGCGCUUCCUGAUGCUGGCGCGCGAGCCCGUCAUCCCGCGCACCGACCGCCCCUUCAAGACCAGCAUCGUGUUCACGCUCGAGGAAGGCCCCGGGAUGCUGUUCCGCGCGCUGGCCGCCUUCUCGCUGCGCGACAUCAAUCUGUCCAAGAUCGAGAGCCGCCCCCAGCGCAACAAGGGCCUGCGCGUGGUGGACGACAGCAACCACGGCACGGCCAAGCACUUCGAUUACCUCUUCUACAUCGACUUCGAGGCGAGCAUGGCGGAUCCGCGCGCCCAGUACGCUCUGGGCCACUUGCAGGAGUUCGCCACCUUUCUCCGCGUGCUCGGCAGCUUCCCCAUGGAUGUGACCGACCCCCAGAGCUAGUGAUUCCUCGUCCGCUGUUUUCUCGAUUCGGUGGCGGGUGCGUGCCUUCCCCCUCCGAAGCACCUUUUGUACAGAUCGACGGAAAUGUCCAACGCCGGGGCUCCGCAUCGGACUGUCGAGUGCUGCCAUUCUGCACAUUUCUCCCGGGCCCCCUCGGGGUGCGGCGGCGGGUCGAAUUGCGUGUCGUCGAGGGUCUGUUCGCCUCGAGAAAUGCCAGCGAUCGUCCAGCAUCGUCUGUGUGUGAGUGUGUGCGUCUGCUCGGCAUCUCUUUCUAGCGUAGUCGCAGGGGACUCAGGGCGAGAGUGGCUGGAAUGAAUCUCUCGGGAAUGGAGCCGUGGCUGCAACGAGCACGCAUCUAAUGGAGCAGCGCAUUCCAACCUGACCGCGGUCCCCAUCCUGUACAAACUUUUGUAGCAGAAUAAGCAAGCUCUAAAUCUUAGGUAUUGAUUUAGGUAUUGAUCCCACCGGGGCUCAGAUGGUAUCGUAUUCUUUGGCCCUGCCCAUUUGCCAGGUCCCAUCCAUGUAUAACACCGAAUUGUCACAGUACGAAAAAGUAGGACACCCUCAUAAAGGCCAGAAAUCAGUUGAUAGCCAUAUAGGUCGUGUAGAUGAAGUCCUCAUAGCAUAGCAGAUCUCUCGUAGUCGCAAAUAUCAACUGGCUUCUGAGACUGCUGAUCGGCAGUAGAUUCGAUGAUAACACACUUGCGUGUGUGGAAUCGCUUUGUACACUGGAAGGAGGUUCCUCAUCGCAAACGAAAUUGGGGAGAUUAAUCCUCUCU